GAAGCGUCACUUGACGGGCAGGCAUCGCGCCGAGCUCGUCAAAUAAAUAAGCACGAAGAACCCUAGUUUUUUUCCUCCAUCGCAAGAAAUGGCGACCAAGGUCAUCAAGGCGUUCUUAAUGGGAUCCAUCUUUCGCAGGUGGUCGAAAUCUUCGAAAUGCGGUGGCAACAAGACACAGAUCGAGGAUCACAGAGAUUCCGCCGCGACAAGCGAUGACAAUUCCGAGCCGCUUCCAAGCGAAUCGGGCACGGCGUGUGUGUAUUGGGGGCAACUCCCGGAUGGAACUCAGAUUGCCGUGAAGCGAUUGAGGAGUGGCAGCAGCUUAAACUCGGACAAAGAAUUCGCGGAAGAAGCAGGCAAGAUGGGAAAGAUGCUCCACAAAAAUGUGAUGCGUCUGCGAGGAUACUGCGUCGAGCGAGACGAGAGAAUCCUCGUCUAUAGCUACAUGCCCAACUCCAGCCUUCUCGCGCAUCUUCAUGGCGCAUUCUCCUACGACAAUCUCUUGGAUUGGAGGAAGAGAGUGAGAAUCGCUCUUGGCUGUGCCGAGGGCCUCGCAUACUUGCAUCACUCCGCCAAUCCUCCAAUGAUCCACGGCAACAUCAAAGCUAGCAACAUCCUCCUCACUGACGACUUCCAGCCGCUCUACACGGACUACGGCAUCGCGGCGCUGAUGAAGAAGCCGGCUCUCAAAGUCAAGGUGGCGCUCGGCUACACGGCGCCCGAGUGCUCCAGCGGCGAGGCCGCGACGCUGCAGAGCGACGUGUUUAGCUUCGGGAUCCUGCUGCUGGAGCUCAUCAGCGGGCGGCGGCCGACGGAGAAAGUGGAAUUCAGCAUGAAGCAGCACAUCGUCGACUGGGCGGAGCCGCUCAUCCUCGAGGGGAAGCUGGACUGCCUCGUCGAUCCAAAGCUCCAGGGGCGAUUCGUGCCGGAGGAGCUCAAGAAACUCGUCUUCGCGGCGACGAUAUGCGCGCAAACGAGCAGCCAUAGCCGGCCGAGCAUGGCGCGCGUUGUGGAGCUCCUCCAAGGAGUGGAAAAAAACGAAGUGGCUAGCGUCUAAGCACCAGAUUAUUCCUUUCUGGCAGAAUAUGCGCUUGGCGGAAUUUGUAAA